AUGCGACUGAAAACAAUAUUAUUGUGUGUAUCAAUCCUAGUACUUUUGUACGCAUUAUCGUUGAUAGAAGUGGCAGAAAGCAAGCGUUCUGGAGGAUCACGAAGCAAAGGUCGCAGUUCUUCGAGCGGUUCCAGCUUUUGGAACCGGAAGAAAACCAACUCGGCGCCCGGAAAUUCCCCCGGAGUGAAGCCGGAAGUUAAACCUGGUCCCAGUUCGGUGUUGAGUCCGGCCCCUAAGCCUGCAGUUCAGCCCAAGCCCGCUGCACAGCCUCAGCAGAAUGCGCAGCAACCUAAACCUUCUGCUCCUGUGCAAGAGCAAGGUAUUAAAAAAGAACAGGCUGGUGUUCAGCAAAACAGUCCCGAUCAACAGAGACCUAUUGGAUGGAAUGCGAAUAGCCAAAAUCCACCACAUGGACAACACAAUGCCCAGGCCCCUCCGCCAUACAACCAGGCAGGCCACCAACCGCAAGGCCCCCCAGCUUACGGACAAAACCCCCCCGCCUACGGACAACAGAGCCCCAACGGCUACGGGCAAGCCCCCCCGGCAUACAACCCCCACGGAUACCCCCAACAAGGACACAGCCCCAACGGCUACGGCCAAGCCCCCCCAGCAUACAACGCGCACGGUUACCCCCAACAAGGUCACUAUCCCCAGGGGGGACCUCCUGGAUAUUCCCCCUACGGGAAUGGACAGCCUUCGUUCGGGGGCCCACCUGGCUACAAUCAGGGCUACAUGGGCAACGCUUACGGGGGUUAUAAUCAGCAGAAAAGUGGGGGGAUGUUUGGCGGCAUGUUCGGAGGAAAUAGAGGGGGAUAUGGGGGUUAUGGAGGCAUGGGUGGAUAUGGUGGAUACGGUAUGAAAAAAUCGGGCGGUUUCUUUGGCCGACACGCUUUCAGAAACAUAUUGGGUGGUAUGGUACUCUGGUACGUGGUAUCAGGUCUAUUCAGACGCCCCUACAAAGUCUACAAUUACUACAACCAGCCGGAAACUACAGAGCACAUACAACUACCCGCCAACAUACUCACACUGUGCGAUACCAACUCCACCAACAUCUGCGUACCGGGCAGUACCGCCAUAUGCACCACCAACAGUACCAUUCUGUGCGUUACCACGAUGCAAGCCGCAGUACCGUGCCCGGAACAGAACCAGGCGCUGUGCGUCAACAGUACCAUACCCUGCGUCGACAAGGACGACCCUCUGUGCCAGAACGCCACAGCCGGCAGUACCACGGCAAACAUAAACCUACCUUGCUUCGCGAACGUAACCGUCGACGUUAAUUUGAUAGACUACUCCAACAGUAACGGUACCGCCAAAGGUGGCGGCCAAGAUUACAGCUAUUGCGUUACCACAAUGGCGAUACCAGGACCCGAAGAGCUGGAUUGUUCCGAAGACGAAACCAACUCUACAAGUACAACAACGCUAAAACCAGGUUGCGUUAAGCCUAAUAUAGACGUAGUACCGACGCCUCUACCUCCCUUUAAUGCCACCAUAAGUCCUUUCGGUAAUGAAAAUGGAACAAAAAUAUUUAUGAACGAAAAUGGUACAUAUGCAUAUGAUAAAGGUAUAAUACCUAUAGAAAAUGGCACUAUAAUUGAAAAUGGUGCCGCAAUUUUAAAUGAUACAAUACCGGCAGUACCAGAAAGUGCUCCGGCGGCUUAG